AUGUCUGACAACCCGUUCCAGCCCUUGGCUGCCCAUUUGCAGACGUCGACGCCCCGGAGACCACCCCUAAACCCGGGCUCGAGCUCGACAGCAGGAGCACCACCACCACCACCGGCAACGCCCUCGAAUAAUCCCAACGGGGAUGAUCCAAACGGACAGCACCAACAGCCACGCCGGCGCAAGAAUCACCGUGGUGGAGCCAAGAAGAAGCGCAACCGCCGCAAGUCCUUCGCCGUCUUGCCCGAAGAGUCGCACGACGAAGCUGCUGCCCCAGCACCCGAGCGCGAGGGCUUUUACCGUCAACGCACCAAUUUGAGCAAUACGAGCAUUGAAAGCGAGGCGCUUCUAGAUCAUCGGUGA